AUGUGCAUUCAAGCCAUCGUCAUCAUCACAUCACCAACCGCAUCACCAGCCGCAUCACCAGCCGCAUCACCAGCCGCAUCACCAACCGCAUCAACAACCGCUUUCCCAACUGCAUCCUCGACGACGGCCAACAAAUCAUUCGUCUUCAUCAUCACCUCGCAUUCAUACGUGCACCUUCACCCUCCCCUCUCCGUCACCGAAAUGGCGCCCUCAGCGACGACAACAUCGGCAAAGGGCACGCCCGCGGCGCCGCCGAGACCCCGAUGUCGAGUCACUCUGCACCUCCUCCGGCACGGCUGCGGCCUCAUCGCCUUCGGUCUGCUCUUCGGCUUCGUUGUCCCCAUGACGCCCUACCCCCGCCUCGCCCUGACGGCCCACAUUCAAUUCUGCGUCGAGGGCACCAUGGUCCUCGCCGCCGGCCUGCUGCUGCAAUCGGACCCGUUCGCGUCCGGCAACGGCAAGACGCGGCCGCUCGCCGACCGCUUGGGCCCCCGACAGACGACCCUCAUCUACUUUGGUCUCUCCAGCAUCUGGAUCACCCUCUUCUCCGAGGCGCUCAACGCGUGGUGGGGCACCCGUUGGGUCCUCACGCUCGCUCACGAGGCGGCCGGCCUCAAGGGGGACACGGCCGCCGUCUGGAUGGAGGAGGUCGUCAAGCUCUGCCACUGGCCGCCCGCCAUGCUGCUCGCUACCGUCCCGGGAUCGCGGCGAGUGAUGAUGAUGAUGCUCCUGCUGACCGACGAGGCCUUGCCACAGUUCCCCACCAUCCUCUACGCCCUCUUCGACGAGGACUGA